AUGUCCGCGACGGCAGCAAACAGAAUAAUCCCAAAAUUCAAUUUAUCGCAAAAUUGCCAUCCAUUCAAGAUGUUAAUCGAUCAUGCUUUUAUUCAGCAAAAUCCUGAGACAAUUCCCAUUAACGAUUUUUUAGAAGAAAACGUUGAUGUCAUUCCUAAUGAUGCCUCCAUUAUUAACAAUAUCCCUACCGAUACUCCUAACGACGGUGUCAGUAUUAUUGAUGACGUUGCAGUAAUCUCGAAGACCAACAACACAACAUUUGAGGAGAUUGCGCCUAUUCCAGUUAUGCCUGGGUCAAGUGGUUGUCAGAAAAGGAAACAUCAUGCUGAGCUACUUAAAUCUCCAGAAAUUAUUGCACAAAAACGACAAACGACGCAAAAAAGAAAUAAAAGAAAAAAGGAAAUUGAAAAGAUAAAACACAAGCAAGAAAAGGAAAGAAAAGAAGGUAAUGAAGACAAGAAAGAAAAAAGAAGACAAUUACUGUUCAGAAGAAAAAGCGUAUUGCAAGGGCUACUGAUGAUACCAGUUCGUCAGAUAGCGAAUUGGAAGUGCUUACAGUAG